AUGAGGAAAAGAAAAAUCAAUCCGGCAUUCCUUGCGAGCCACGCUGCCGAGGAUCCGCUGGUGGCGGCACCGCCGUCGGGUCCAAGGGGCGUCGAGAUGCAACUCAAGCAGGCGCAAAGGACUGGGCACAUGCGACUCUGCAACAGCGGACUGCGGGCUAUCCCCACCAACGCGUUCCUCAUCCACGAGGUGCGGUUCGGCGAGGACGACCAGUGGUGGGACCGCACCCCCAUCUCUCGCAUCGACCUCACCAACAACGAAAUCGAGGAAAUCUCGACUGCCAAUCUUGCCCAAGAUGAUGAAGCCAAGCCGGCGAAGCGGAAGCACCUCCAGGAACUGUGGACCGAAGUCAACACCUUCUGUGCCGCGCAGAACAAGAUCGUCUCCAUCUCGCCCCAGCUGUUCCAACUCGAAAAUCUCACAACCCUCGACCUCAGCCACAACAAGUUGGCGCGACUGCCAGACGAAGUCGCCAAUGCCCGACAGCUGGUGCAUCUGCUGCUACAGAACAACGAGCUGUGCUGCUUGCCCGAGGCGCUUGGCUGUCUGUCUGCGCUCAGCAACCUCAACCUCGCCCACAACCGACUGGUGGAGCUGCCCGCCACCAUGGCCCUGCUUCCUCGAAUCGAGGUGCUGGACCUCUCUGCCAACAAGCUGACGUCGCUGCCUGCGGAAGCGAGGAACGGUUGGGGCACGCUUCGCGAGCUGGAGCUGCGCGGCAACCAGCUCGCCGGCCUGCCCGCCGUCACCUCCAAAGACCCCACCGCCGGCUGGCCUCUUCUGGCACGUCUCGAUCUGUCGCAGAACCGGCUGCGCGAGCUGCCGUCGGACGUGGCCCUGUUCUACUCUCUGCGAGAGCUCUACGCGGCGAAGAAUCUCCUGCAGUCGCUGCCAGCCGAGCUCAACACGCUCACCUCGCUGGCCAUACUCGACCUCAAGGAGAACAGCCUGACCCACUUCAAGAAGGAGCACUUUAGCAACCUUGCGCUGCAGAUCCUCGACCUGUCCCUGAACAGCCUGAAGACCAUCCCGCCGGCCCUGGGCCGCAUGACUACACUCAAGACGCUGGCCAUCGCCGGCAACCCGCUGAUGGGCUUCAAGCGCGGAGUGAUCGACCAGGGCACCGACGAGAUCCUCAAAUACCUCAGGUUCCGCCUCCCGCCAGACGACCAAGCAAAGCAAACGGCGACGAGCUUUGCGUUGAUCGUCGAGUCGGCCUACAAUGAAAGGAGCCACUCGCUGGACCUCUCGGCCAAAUUCUCGUCACCGUCGAACCUGAGCCUGGCCAAGAACGGCCUCACCGCUCUGCCCGCGCAGAUCGAGGCCUUUGGCCGGCUGCGCAGGCUCGACCUCGGCGACAACAAGCUGACCGCGCUCCCGCUCGAGCUGGGCAAGUGCGUGCUGCUCGAAGAGCUGAUCCUGCAGAAGAACAGUCUCACCGAGAUACCCGCCGUCGUCUUUGAGCUCACCCGCCUCACCGAGCUCGACAUCAGCUUCAACCGGAUCACUGUCCUGCCGCCCGGCAUCGCACAACUGGUCUCCCUCACAAUCCUACGCGCAAGGCAGAACUCCAUCCGAGCCCUCCCCUCUGAGCUGUACAUGCUGCCCAAGCUCGACGUGCUGGAUGUCUUCUUCAACAAGAUCGAGACCCUCGAUGUGGAGCUCACUAAGCUGACCUCCCUCCGAGCGCUCGACCUUGGCUCCAACGACAUCGUCACCGUUCCGCCUCAGCUCGGCCUCAUGACCUCCCUCCGGAGCCUCAACCUGGAGGGGAACCGCAUCCGCGCGAUCCGACCAGCGAUCCUGCAACAGGGCACAUCGUCUCUGCUCGAAUAUCUUCGAAAUCGCAUCCCCACCACGACGACCAACUGA